CCUCACAACAGCUUCAACCUUGAGCUCGAGCAAUAUGUCUGCUACGAGACUAGUUUUCCGCAGUGUGCGGCCUUCAAUGGUCCUCACACGACCAUUGUCCACCACCUCUCGUCGAAUGGCCGGUCAAGGAAAUGCCAAAGAGCAUGAGGGAACUGCAGACCACCGAAAGAUACAGUCGGAAAAACCACUCAAUCCACAUAUGACGAAUACAAAUUCUACACUUGCGAACGAGAUGCCCUCCGUGGGGGCUCAGAAUGCACCCCCGGAGCUCAUUUCCUCCAUCGAUCCAGAUUUUGUGCCUAAAGAUUCUGUGUCGGAAAAUACUGAGCGUAUGACAGGUGGCACACAGAAGGGAGAACCGGACAAAGGACCGAAUGCCGAGAUGGGGGUUGGUGAAAUGGAGGGUGCGAAGUUCAAAGUUGAGCCGUUACGCAGAACGGGCGAGGAUGCGAAUACCAUGAGAGCCAGGUUAUUAUAUCAAAGUAGAAAAAGAGGCACACUCGAGAGUGAUCUUUUGAUGUCCACAUUCGCGGAAGCCCAUCUGCGAGAAAUGACACCUGCGCAAAUGGCACAAUUCGAUUUAUUUUUGGACGAGAACGACUGGGAUAUAUAUUAUUGGGCAACCCAAGAGCCUACGCCAAUAUCACAAGAGACUGCUGAAAGUGCUGGUUCUGGAGCUACAGGUGCUACUGCCAGCGCUCAAGGGACCGACAAGAUGUCGCCCGUCGCACAAGGAACAGACCCGGCAAGGCAGACUGGACCGGAGCUUAAGACCGAUGAGUGGAGACAAGGCCAGCCAAGGAGUGGAGAGUGGGCACAAACUGUUGGCACUUUUAAGCCGGCGUACAGACCUGUACCUGCAAGAUGGAGGAACAGCGAGGUGCUGGCGAUGUUACGACGGCAUGUUCUCUCGAGAUCAGCGGGAGGUAUCCAUGAGGGAAAGGCGGACGUCAGUGGAGAUGGCUUGGGUCAAAGUGUAAAGAGAACUGGUGGUGGCGGUAUGGCCUUCAUGCCACCUAUCUUCACAACUGACCGGCCAUAAAGAUCGCCUUGUAAGUUAUGUAUGAAUAAUAUGGCGACAGCGAAAAAAAUUUUCAUGUAUAAAUUCUACAUUUUCAACCUUCGUAAAUGUCUAAGCAUAUGCCAAGAGUGAUGGACGGGCGGGAAGUCUCCCAGGCAUGCAUAUGCAUGAAAGCUCCGCAUAAGAUGCAGGAACCCGUUAUCUCAUGAAUGUUCUCCGGAGUCCAAAACAAUGAUAGCACCAGAAGCCGGGUUAGCCCCGCGGGAGGACCCGAAGUUGGAAGUGCUGCUUGCGUUCGUGGAGUGAAGAAACUGGGGGCUGGAUCACGGCAUGAUGGAAUGUAUAACCACGAAUGUCGAGGUGGCUGUCACAUUCCAGAUCCCGGGAAGCAUUCUUGAGAAGUGGUUUCUAGCCACAUCACAAAAACUGUUGUACCGCUGAGGCAGUCUGUCAGUUGAAGAGUUCUGGGCUAGAAAGUGAACAAAUAAUGGCCUAGCAA